AAUAAGAAUCAUUUAUGUGAUGGUUUUCCUUUAGUUAAACGUCUUCAAGAAUUAUAAGCGUAUUUAUAUAUAAAUAUCAAAAUGAAUAUAAAAUUCAUUACUUUAAUAUGUUUAGUAUAUUGUAUUGCAAAAGUAAACUCUAUCGAUCCGGCCGAUGAAGCUAUUGCAAAAUCCUUGAUACCCGCAAGAGUUUUCAAUUGGGAUAGAAAAGUAAAUCAACCUUCUGACGAGCAAAAAACGGAAAUAGAGAGAGAAUUAUUGGCUCUUAAUUUUUCACCUAAACUUGUGGAAGAUCUUAUUCGAAACUCUGAUAAGGAUUACUGGCCUGCUAGUCUAAAAUCACAUAACCCUAAGAACGACCCUAACAUCGACGAAAAUGGUCUUUUCGAUGGAUAUAAGUGUAAACGUAGUCCAGGAAAACAGGAAGCAGUAAUCGUGUUCCAUUUUGAUAACACGACGUUGCCUAAAAAAAUGAUGGUUAAGCCAGGAUUUAUAGUAUUCUUCCUCAAAGAAGCAAUUGAAGAUUAUCAAAGGAUUAGCGAAUCUGAUGAACAUGCUGCAAAUGCCUUGAAACCUGCAAGGGUUUCAAAAUGGGGUUAUAAUCUAUCUCCGCCGCCUAGCCCUUUUAUAAGAGAAGCAACGAAUAAAUUGAUUGGGUGUGGUUUUUCACCUGAACUUGUGAAUGUUCUUAUGAAAAACUCAGAUGAGAAACACUGGCCUGCUGCUCUAUCAUUGUACAUGCAUACCACGGACGAAGACAAAAGGCACACUCUUUUGGAUAGAUAUAGGUGUAAACGUAUCCCAGGACAUUAUGAAGGAGUAAUCAUAUUCCAUUAUAAUAACAAGGAUAUGCCUGAAAAGUUCAAGGCUAAUCCAGGAUUUGUAGUAAUGUUCGACUUUGGAGCAAUAGAUAAAUUCGUGCCGCGGGCAGAUUCUGCUAGAAUUUCUAGUGUGGAUAAAAUGUGUAAUAUAUUACAAUGAUAUAAUAAUAUAAUGUAAUAUAUUACGAUAAUUAAAUAUCGAGUUUAAAUAAUUAUAAGUAUUCUAUUUUUCUAAGCACAGAAAAAUACAUUUGCACUCAAAUAUAAAAAUUGUAAUAUCACAACUAUUUUAAUUAAAACUAAACGCUUAUACACUGAGCAAGCCACAAAAUUCCAUAAGUACUUCUGAUUAACGGUUUUCUUAUAUUUCUUUGAUGCUUAACUCAGUGUAUUUGUAGAAAAUUCUUAACACAAAUA